CUUCCGGCGCGGUCGCGCGAGCUCCAGGCGCCGGGCGGGCAGCGAGCGGGGGUUGCGGGCGGCGGCCGGGCUGGUUGCUGCCCUCGGCGCCGCCGCCAUGGGCAAGAAGCACAAGAAGCACAAGGCCGAGUGGCGCUCGUCGUACGAAGACUAUGCCGACAAGCCCUUGGAAAAACCCCUGAAGCUGGUCCUCAAGGUGGGGGGAAGUGAAGUGACCGAGCUCUCCGGGUCUGGCCACGACUCCAGUUACUACGACGACAGGUCAGACCACGAGCGGGAGCGGCACAGAGAGAAGAAGAAGAAGAAGAAGAAGAAGUCAGAGAAAGAGAAGCACCUCGAUGAUGAAGAAAGGAGGAAGCGAAAGGAGGAGAAGAAGCGCAAGCGGGAGAAGGAGCACUGUGACACGGAGGGGGAGGCCGAUGACUUUGACCCCGGGAAGAAGGUGGAGGUGGAGCCGCCCCCCGACCGGCCCGUCCGAGCGUGCCGGACGCAGCCAGCUGAAAGCGAGAGCACGCCUAUUCAGCAGCUCCUCGAGCAUUUUCUCCGGCAGCUGCAGAGAAAAGAUCCUCACGGCUUUUUUGCUUUUCCUGUCACGGACGCCAUUGCCCCUGGAUACUCGAUGAUAAUAAAACACCCGAUGGACUUUGGGACGAUGAAGGAGAAAAUCGCGGCUAACGAGUACAAGUCGGUCACGGAAUUUAAGGCAGAUUUCAAACUGAUGUGUGACAACGCAAUGACGUACAACAGGCCGGACACCGUGUACUACAAGUUAGCGAAGAAGAUCCUUCACGCGGGCUUUAAGAUGAUGAGCAAAGAGCGGCUGCUGGCUUUGAAGCGCAGCGUGUCGUUCAUGCAGGACAUGGAUUUCUCUCAGCAGGCCGCGCUCCUGGGCAACGAAGACACAGCUGUUCAGGAGCCCGUCCCCGAAGUCGCGCCUGUGCAAGUAGAAACUGCCCGGAGGUCCAAAAGGCCGAGUAGAGAAGCCAUCAGCUGCAUGUUUGAGCCGGAAGGCAACGCCUGCAGCCUGACAGACAGCACCGCGGAAGAGCACGUGCUGGCCUUGGUGGAGCACGCGGCCGACGAGGCCCGGGACAGGAUCAACCGGCUCGUCCCCGGGGGCAAGAUGGGCUACCUGAAGAAGGGCGGCGACGGCAGCCUGCUCUACAGCGUGGUCAACGCCGCCGAGCCGGACGCCGACGAGGAGGAGACGCACCCGGUGGACCUGAGCUCACUGUCCAGCAAGCUGCUCCCAGGCUUCACCACACUGGGCUUCAGGGAGGAACGGAGGAGCAGAGUCACCUUCCUGUCCAGCGCCAGCACCGCGCUUGCCCUGCACAGCAACUCCGUGUUGGGCGACCUGAAGUCGGAUGAAGCGGAGCUGCUCUACGCAGCCUACGGAGACGAGACGGGUGUGCAGUGCGCCCUGAGCCUGCAGGAGUUUGUGAAGGAUGCUGGGAGCUACAGCAAGAAAAUGGUGGACGACCUCCUGGACCAGAUCACCGGCGGAGACCACUCGCGGAUGCUCUUCCAGCUGAGGCAGAGGAGGAACGUCCCGGCGAAGCCUCCGGACGAGGCCAAGGCCGGGGACCCUCUCGGGGAUGGCGGCUCCGCCCUGGACUUCAUGGCCAUGAAGUCCUAUUCAGACGUCUCUCUGGACAUCUCCGUGCUCGGCUGUCUGGGGAAAGUGAAGAAGGAGCUGGACCAUGACGACGGCCCCUUGAGCCUGGACGAGACCACGAAGCUCCUCCAGGACCUGCACGAGGCGCAGGCAGAGCGCGGGGGCUCCCGGCCGUCGUCCAACCUCAGCUCCCUGUCCAACGCCUCGGACAGGGACCAGCAUCACCUGGGGAGCCCGUCCCACCUCAGCGUCGGGGAGCAGGCCGAGGGGACCCACGACCCGUACGAGUUUCUGCAGUCUCCCGAGCCUGCGGCCGCCACGAAGAGCUAAACUUGUUGAUAGUCUCACGGUUUUAUUUGCAUGUAGAGGUCGCGUCCUGAGACAGAGACUUUGCCUCUGUCUCCUCGGCCUGAGGGAGCCGCGGGGAGACGGGGAGGGGCUCUGGGAUCGUGUCGUCAUCGCGGCUCCAGCGUUUCUGUCGAUGGUCUCGCGGCCCCUGUGGCGGAAUCACGUAUAAAAGGCUGUGACAGACAGAUGCCCCGAAGCCGGUGUGAUCUGUCCCUAAGCUUGAGUCGGUGUCCUUCCCUGUGGCUGUGUGGACACGUCCUCCGAGUGGCCGCGGAAGCAGCCCUGGGGGGGACUGUGCUCUGUGGGGGUCCUGCCUGGUCCUUGCCCCCCGCCCCCCCCGCCACAUCCCAUUUCUGAGGCGGGUCAGGGCAGAGCCACGCGGGAGCCAGGCUUGCACCCUCCCGGCCCGGGACAGGCAGGGGGCUCUGAGCCGUGUGCUCUGGGAGGGGUGCGUGCCGUGAGGCUGGCCUUCCUGCGGGCACAGCGCAGUGUUAAGUGACUCUUUGUUCCAGAUGUGUUUACUGGAUGUGUGUUUGUACGAUGCCAGUGCAGCUCUUAAUAAAAAGAUACGCACAGCGCAA